AUGAGAAAGUGCCCUCUGUUACUAAAAAUAGUGACUCCAAUAGCUGGUGCAGUCUUGUGUAUGAUCCUUCUAUUCUCCUUUUUUAUCCUUCUAUGGAAACGGAAGUCGAAAAAUAAUGCUCCAAUUGUACAUCCAUUGGAAGAUCAAUUCCCCAGAGUUUCUUACACUGAUCUGAUUAGAGCAACUGAUGGAUUCUCUUCCACUAAUCUCAUUGGCAGAGGAGGGUAUGGUUCUGUCUAUAAGGGCAUCUUGAGUCCUCACCAAACUAUUGUUGCUGUGAAGGUUUUCAACCUUCAAAAUCAAGGAGCUUCGAAGAGCUUUCUAGCUGAAUGUGAGGUGCUGAGAAGUGCUCGACAUCGAAAUCUUGUCAAGGUCAUGACUUCCUGCUCAAUGGUUGAUUUCAGAGGCCAUGAUUUCAAAGCUUUGGUUUUUGAGUUCAUUCCUAAUGGAAGUCUAGAGAAAUGGUUACGUCCAGAGUUAGAUGGGCAUCAUCGUACAGAAAGCCUAAACCUGCUUCAAAGGUUAAACAUAGCAGUUGAUGUAGCUGAUGCAACCGAUUACCUUCAUAAUAAUUGUCAGCCAUCUAUUGCUCAUUGUGAUCUAAAGCCUAGCAAUAUACUGAUUGAUAAUGAGAUGGUUGCUCAUGUGGGGGACUUUGGUUUGGCAAGGUUUAUGUCUAAAGCUUCAACAAACUCGUUGGUAGACAACAGUGGCUCAAUCCGGAUAAAGGGAACCCUUGGAUAUAUAGCUCCAGAAUACGGUGCAAGUGGUCAGGUAUCUACUUUCGGUGAUAUUUAUAGCUAUGGAAUCCUUCUCUUGGAGAUGCUUACUAGAAAGAGUCUUCUUAAUGAUGAUAUGUUCAAGGAUGGCCUAAGCUUUCGAAAAUUUGUCGAGAUAAUUUUUCCUGAAAGAGUCAUGGCAAUUGUGGAUCCACUAAUGCCACUUGCAGAGGAUGAGAGUAAAACUCAUGAAUGCUUAAUAUCCAUAGCAAGAAUUGGUCUUUCUUGCUCAAAUGGGUUAGUAAGAGAAAGAUUGAAUAUAAGUGAUGUUGCCAAAACUAUGCAUGUAAUUAGGGAUGCUUACCUUGGGACUUGA